AAUAAAAAAAGGGAAAGGAAAGGGAUUUCAUGUUCAGAACCCACAGAACACAGAGAGGGUAAACACUGCAAUAAGGAGAAGCGAUGGCAGCCGACAUACCGGUAGACAAGACCACGACGCCGCCUCGGCCGAGUCUAUUUGAUUUCCAUGGAGUCUCAAUGAUUCAUUCUUUCACAGACAACUGGGAGAAAGUUCAAAACUUCCAAGCCAGAUCAGAUGAUAUCCUCAUCGCGACGUACCCAAAAGCAGGAACUACAUGGGUCUCCUACAUUCUUGAUCUCCUGUAUUUUUCCCAGUCACAGCCAGAUCGUCAGACAUCCACCCCUAUUCAUGAGAGAGUACCUUUCCUCGAGUCGAAGUACCCAAACCAUCCUUCUGGAACGGAUCGGGCAGACAGUCUCGAUUCUUCUCCUCGUCUCAUCAAAACUCACCUGCCGGUCCAGAUGAUUCCAAAGUCGUUUUGGGAACAGAAAUGCAGGGUAGUGUAUGUGGCCCGUAAUGCUAAAGACAAUGCAGUGUCUUUUUUCCACUUUGACCGCAUGGACUUAUGCCAACCAGAGCCAGGAGAGUGGAACAGCUACCUACAGAGAUUCAUGGACGGAAAGAUGUUAUUUGGAUCCUGGUAUGAUCAUGUGACUGGCUGGUGGGAGAGGAAACAGUCCCAUCCUGAAAUCCACUACAUGUUCUUUGAAGAUAUGGUUGAGGACACUGGACGAGAGAUAGACAAGUUGAGUUCCUUUCUUGGUUCAAAUUCGACAGCCGCAGAGAAGGAACAGAUCAGACAUCUAGUGCAGUUUGAUAACAUGAAGAAGAACGACAUGACCAACUACUCAUCAUUUGACGAAAUGGACUUUAAUAUCUCUCCCUUCAUGAGAAAAGGGAAGGUUGGUGACUGGAAAAACCACUUCACCCUAGCCCAGAAUGAACAGUUCGAUGAAGACUAUAUGAAGAAGAUGAAGAAGAAUGCAUCACUGCAGUUCCGCACUAUAGUCUGAAGUCUGGCCAGGCUACUCUCAUAUCAUGAUUAAACCUGAGUGACAGGAGGAUAUGUAUGAUCUUUCUACAAGGACAUAGUUUACAAUGUCUUGUUGGGCUUUAUAUUAGUCCUAGCCAUAAUCGUCAAUCGAAAGUGUGUUUGUCAAUAAUGAAAACAUCCGCACUCAACAAUAAAAAUGUGUCUCAU